GUUCUGUAUUACACAAAGAUCGCAUAUAUGCGGUCACGUGGUUUGCAGGACGUUUCCUUGUUUACAGCCGUGUGACUGAGCUGCUUGGAUCCCACACAAGGAUGUAGGGCAGUCAUGGCAUUUUUCAAGACUAAAGAGCGAACCAAGGAAAGAUUUUCUCUCUUGUUAUUGGAUUUGGAAGAGUAUUAUUUUGAACAGCACACUGCAUACAAUGUGUCAAAAGGCCCAGCUAAGAAGAGAAAAAUCCGAGGCUCAUUUAAGGUCUGUUCCAGAUCAGUCAUUUUUGACCCGGAAGAUUUUACGCAGCCAAUUUUAAAGAUUCCAUUGCGAGACUGUAAACAAAUUCAGUUGGUGGAAAAAGAGACCAACCCGUUCAAUGAACCCAAACCAUCCUCCAUUUUAAUUCACUGUGAACAGGUUAUAUACAUCAAAGAAAACUGUGUCGUUUCACCCUACAGAAACGAGCGGGGCGCGAAGACUGUCAACUUUGAGCUGGAAGUGUGGCGUAAAACCGAGGAUGUCGUUCAAACUUUACAUCAACUGCAUCGAGCAUCCUGUCUGGAAAAGCUUGGUGACCAGACCGCAAUGAUUACAGCCAAUCUUCAGUCCAGACUGGCCAGGACGGCGUUCGACAAGUUCUGCUUUCAGAGCGUAGCCGAGACGCCUCACAUGGAGUGCGCGGUGGAGAUGGUCCUGCCUCUGGUAUCCAAUCCCGGCCACGUCUGCGUUACAAACGAGAAUCUCUACUUUCAACCACUCAACGGCUAUCCGGAGCAGGUCCUUCAGAUCAAACUGCAUCAAGUCCGGCGGAUCUACAAAAGAAGACACGGUCUCAGACCCCUGGGGCUGGAAGUGUUCUGUUCCGAGAACGACUUCUGCUCCGACAUCUAUCUCAAGUUCUACAACGCGGCGGACCGAGAUGAAAUUUAUUACUUCAUUGCCACAUUCCUGGAGAACCACAUGACGGAGCACACAGCCGAGAGUUACAUGCUGCAGUGGCAGCGCGGCCAUCUGAGUAACUACCAGUAUCUGCUCCACCUCAACAACCUCGCCGACCGCAGCUGCAACGACCUCUCGCAGUAUCCCGUCUUCCCUUGGGUCAUUGCCGACUACACGAGCGCACAUCUGGAUCUGACAAAUGAAGCCACGUUCAGGGACCUCAGCAAACCAGUCGGAGCGUUGAACAAAGAGCGGCUGGAUCGGCUCCUGUGCCGCUUCCGAGGCAUGCCCGAGCCUCGCUUCAUGUACGGCAGCCACUACUCCUCUCCCGGAUACGUUCUUUUCUACCUGGUCAGAGUAGCUCCAGAACACAUGUUGUGUCUGCAGAACGGCCGCUUUGACCAUGCGGAUCGCAUGUUUAACAGCAUUGGUGAGACGUGGAAAAACUGCUUAGAUGGGGCAACGGACUUUAAAGAGUUAAUUCCGGAAUUUUACGGGGAUGACGCGAGCUUCUUGGAAAAUCACCUGCGCCUUGAUCUGGGUCGGCGGCAGAACGGAAGCUUUGUCGGCGACGUCCACCUCCCGCCCUGGGCCUCGGAUGCUCGGGAUUUCUUGCAGAAGCACAAGAUGGCGCUGGAGAGUCAGUACGUGUCGGAGCACCUGCACGAGUGGAUCGAUUUGGUGUUUGGUUUCAAGCAGAGAGGAAGCGAAGCAGUCGGGGCCCAUAAUGUAUUUCACCCACUGACCUACGAAGGCGGCAUCGACUGUGACAGUCUGGAGGACCCGGACCAGAGGGUGGCCAUGCUGAUUCAAAUACUGGAGUUUGGUCAGACUCCAAGGCAACUCUUCACCACUCCUCACCCUCAGAGGAUCGUGGCAAGGUCGCCCGACGUCAUCACCAGGAGUCCCAGCCUCACAUCGCCCGUCAGCGAACUCACCUCAGGCUCUCUGAAUGAGGACUCCUCCUUCGAGGACCUGACGGAGGAGAGCCGGAAGCUGGCGUGGUCAAACAUGGGCCGUCUGACACCGGCCUCCAGACACAAGAUCCAUAAAGACGCGGUGACGGCCAUCACCGUCACCCGAGACGGCGCUUCCGUUUUCAGCACAUCUCGAGACUCGACGCUUAAGAUGUUCUCCAAAGAGCUGAAGGACUUUCAGAGGAGUGUGUCUUUCUCCAAUAUGGCCUUGUCAUCAUGCCUGAUGCUGGCUGACGGUCAAAUGGUGGCGUGUUCCUCCUGGGACAAUAAUGUUUAUUUCUAUUCCAUCCCAUACGGAAGGCGACAGGACACGCUGAUGGGUCAUGACGACGCCGUCAGCAAAGUGCUUUGGUCCGACGACAAGCUCUUCACGGCGUCCUGGGAUUCUACGGUCAAGGUGUGGCAGUGUGAGCCUCACGUUUUGUGCGGUCGCAAGAGAUCACAUUUCGAGCUGCUGGCUGAGUUGGAACAUGACGCCGGGGUGAACGCUAUUGGACUGAAUCCUUCGGGGACUCUGCUGGUGUCAGGAUGCAAAGACGGGGCCGUCACCAUCUGGGACACGGACGCCUACCGAACCCUUCAGCAAGUCGACUGCCACGCUGCUACCGUCCACCGCGUGUCUUUCAGUCCAGUCCUUUUAACCAGACUUGAAGUAAGUAAGCAAGCAACUGACGACAAAUUCUCAAGUGGUUUCUUCUAUUUAGACAGUCGACACGUCCUCAGCAUUGGCGCCGAUUCCUUCAUGAAGGUCACCGACGUUCAGACGGGAAUGGUGAUCUCGUCCGUGAAAUCGGACGAGGAGCUCAGGUGUUUUCGCUGGGACGGAAACUCUGUGCUGUGCGGGGGCCAGUCAGGUGACCUCCUGCUAUGGGACUUGAUGAGCAACACCGUCACCGCCAGGAUCUCGGCACAUUCAGGUGCAGUCACAGCCAUGUGGAUGAAUGAGCUGCGUGCCACAGUGAUCACAGGCGGAGAGGACGGAGAGGUCAUCUACUGGAAGCUGCACGAUUAGUGCGCAGACUCUGAAGAACAUUUGGGGGAAAAAUGAAGCCACUGAUGCGAGGCAAUGGGAAAGCGUCGAGACCACCAAAUCUUCAGCACAGAGGGUCUACGUUGGUGUGUGGCAAUCUGGACAUUGAGAGAAAAAUAUCCAAAUGCAGUUUUGUCCAUGACAAAAAGAAGCUGCUAAUGCUUUCUUUUUUGCUGCUUUCUUUGACAUCCUGUGUUUCUACAGCUCCAUACUGUGGGCAUUUUUUUUUGCAGUAUGAAUGAUGCUUAGACUGUAUGCUGCUCAGAUGUUUAUUUGCAUGGUGAUACAAAAACAAAUCUUUGCCUGCUGCGCUUUUCUCCAGACCAGGGGUGUCAAAACUCAGCUCUAGACUGUACUUGCAUCCGAUUACAUUUCCAUGCACGAUUAUGAAAAUUGAGUCCAACUGGUCGUCAUUCCGAACGAGUGAAAUUGAAGUUGUCGAAUUACAGAUUGCCAGGUAGAUCUAGCAGGACGUGUGUGUGUGUGUGUGUGUGUGUGCAUGCGCAUAUAUCUAUCUAUCUAUAUAUAAAUAUAUAGAUAGAUAGAAAAAAGUACAUUAUACAGGAAUAAAGUUAUUUGAAAGCCAA